UUCCCCUUUUCCUGUAGUGUGUUGAGUUUGAAGAUGGCGAUGGAUAGAACUCAGCUUCUUCUUGUAGGGUUACCUCUCUUUCUCUUUUGUUCAGACGUCUUCAACCUCUUCGCUCCUGCUCCUGCGCCUGCCAAUCACGCCGCCCCUCACCACCAUAUUCCGCCCCAACAACCUCAACAUUUCCAGGCCUCCUCGAUCCAACAACCCCUCGAUUUCCCCGCGCAGAAAGCGAGUGGUUUUGGCGGAGCGAUCGGCUUAGGCAACACGGUCAAGAUUGAUUUCUGCGCCUCAUGUUCUUACAGAGGGAAUGCAGAGACAAUGAAGAACAUGUUGGAAUCUAAUUUUCCAGGACUCAAUGUCGUUCUAUCUAACUACCCACCUCCGCUUCCAAAGCGCUUGGUUGCCAAAGUGGUACCUGUGGUUCAAUUUGGGGUCAUAGGCGUUGUGAUGGCUGGUGAGCAUAUCUUUCCGAGAUUGGGAUUUGCAGCACCGCCUCCUUGGUACUACUCUUUGCGGGCAAAUAGAUUUGGGACAAUUUCUUCAACUUGGCUACUUGGAAAUUUCCUUCAAGGUUUCCUACAAAGUUCUGGUGCCUUUGAAGUUUCAUGUAAUGGUGAACCGGUUUUCUCUAAGCUGAAGAUAAAGAGAUUCCCAGGAGAAAUAGAGUUGCGAGAUCUUGUUGCCAAAAAGAUCGCAAAUUCACGAGUCGUAGAUGGUGUCGAUGGAUCACUUUGGUCAUAGUGCUCAUUUGGGUUACUCCAUGUGUUGGUUACACUUGGUUAGGCUUCAGAAAAUAUUAACUAAAACUUCGAAUUCAUAAGAUGUUUCUUAUUAUCUUUUUUGCGACUAGUUGCACAAAAUAACAAUCAUCAAAUAUGGUUUCAGGCGAUAUUUAUUAUGAUCGGUUUAAAGCAUCGUAUGAAUGUGAUUAAAUCCAAAGGGUAUACGAUUUGAACUCAAUGAUUGGAUCA